AUGCGCUUAACACCACAUCUGCGCAAUGUGCAGCUCCCCCCAACCUCGACGUCACAUAAAGCGUCUGCUGCUCUGCGCGAGCGUGUCCGAAGACCUGCCCUGCUCAAGAGGCUGAUGACCGCGGAAGAGUUGGCCCCUCUUUUCAAUAUUGGAUGGUCUGGCUUCACGGGUGUUGGAUACCCCAAGACCGUUCCAACUGCCAUCGCAAACCAUAUAGAAGCGAACAACCUACAAGACGAUCCUGCCACCAAGAAAAAGUUCAACCUUUUCGUAGGAGCCAGUGUUGGCCCUGAAGUGGAGGACAGAUGGGCGAGACUCGACAUGAUCGCGCGGCGGUACCCUCAUCAGGUCGGAAAAGACAUAGCAAAGGGAAUCAACGCAGGAAGGAUUGAGUUUGCAGAUAAACACUUGUCCAUGUUCCCACAAGAUCUCACAUACGGCUACUACUCCCUCCGCCGCAAUCACGGAGACCCAUCCAAGCCUCUGGACUGGGCCAUCGUCGAAGCGACCGCCAUCACUGAAGAAGGAGGUAUCGUCCCCGGUGCGUCGGUGGGCGCGACACCCGAGAUUCUGCAGAGCGCGGAGAAGAUCAUUAUCGAAGUCAACACUCGCAUUCCUAACCUCGAGGGUCUGCAUGAUAUCAACCAGAGCUUUUUGCCGCCUCAUAGGCAGCCUUAUUUGAUCAAGCACCCGCAAGAUCGCAUUGGGAAUACUUCUAUCCCUAUUGACCCAGACCGUGUUGUUGCAAUUGUCGAGUCCAAUCAUCCCGAUAAUACAGGCCAAAAUUCUCCCGAGAACGACGAAUCGCGAGCUAUCGCGGCACACCUCAUCAACUUCCUAUCUGACGAGGUCCACGCGGGCCGGCUGCCCUCAUCACUGCUGCCUCUUCAAUCAGGUAUCGGCAAUGUCGCGAACUCGAUCAUUGGCGGGUUGGCAGAGGGACCGUUUGAGAGUGUGCAGGUGUGGACUGAGGUUCUGCAGGAUACUUUCUUGAGAUUUUUCGAUUCUGGAAAGUUGAAGUUUGCUACUGCUACUAGCAUUAAGUUUAGCCCGGACGCGUUUGACACGUUCUACGCCAAUUGGGGAAACUAUAGAGAUAGACUUCUGCUUCGCUCCCAACAAGUCGCAAACUCGCCUGAAAUUAUUAGGCGUCUCGGUGUCAUCGCUAUGAACACACCUUUGGAGGUUGACAUUUACGCCCACGCCAACUCGACGAACGCUCUGGGAUCGCGGAUGUUGAACGGGCUCGGCGGCUCGGCGGACUUUUUGCGCAACGCCAAGUUGUCGAUUAUGCACACACCUAGUGCGCGUCCUACUAAGACGGAUCCGACGGGUAUUAGCUGUAUUGUACCGUUCGCUUCGCAUAUCGAUCAGACUGAACAUGACCUUGAUGUGAUUGUCACUGAACAAGGUCUCGCUGAUCUGCGUGGCCUUUCUCCGCGCGAGCGCGCGCCUAUUAUUAUCAACAAGUGCGCGCACCCUGAUUAUAGGCCGGCCUUGAUGGAAUACUAUGAGCGGUCACUGUUCGAGUGCUUGAAGCGCGGUGCUGGACAUGAACCGCAUAUGCUAAGGAAUGCGUUCAAGUUCCACACGAACUUUAUGGAGCAUGGUACGAUGAAGAUCAAAAAUUGGGAUUAA